AUGCGUUUUCGCCUCUUCUCUUUUGCCCUCAUCAUUCUGAACUGUAUGGAUUACAGCCAGUGCCAAGGCAACCGAUGGAGACGCAAUAAACGAGGUGGGUCGCUCUCGGCUGAAACCAGUUAUGUAUCAAAUCCCAUUUGCAAGGGUUGUUUGUCUUGUUCAAAGGACAAUGGGUGCAGCCGAUGCCAACAGAAACUGUUCUUCUUCCUUCGAAGAGAAGGCAUGCGCCAGUAUGGAGAGUGCCUGCAUUCCUGCCCGUCAGGGUACUACGGGCAUCGAGCUCCAGAUAUGAACAGAUGUGCAAGAUGCAGAAUAGAAAACUGUGACUCUUGCUUUAGCAAAGACUUUUGUACCAAGUGCAAAGUAGGCUUUUAUUUGCACAGAGGCCGCUGCUUUGAUGAAUGUCCGGAUGGUUUUGCACCAUUAGAUGAGACCAUGGAAUGCGUAGAAGGAUGUGAAGUUGGUCAUUGGAGUGAAUGGGGAACGUGUAGCAGAAACAACCGCACGUGUGGCUUUAAAUGGGGUCUGGAAACCAGAACACGACAGAUCGUUAAAAAGCCAGCAAAAGACACAAUACCAUGUCCAACCAUUGCUGAAUCCAGGCGAUGCAAGAUGGCCAUGAGGCACUGUCCAGGAGGGAAGAGAACACCAAAGGCCAAGGAGAAGAAAAACAAGAAGAAAAGGAGGAAGUUGACCGAAAGAGCCCAAGAGCAGCACAGCGUCUUUCUAGCAACAGACAGAGCUAACCAAUAAAAUACAGGCAAUAGCUGGGGAAUUUUGAGGGGGAUUUUGUUGUUGCUGUUGUUUAUAUUGCAAAAGUGCACAAAGCUACUCUCCAGUCCACACUGGUGGACAGCGUUCCUGCUGCUCCGGCCAGUAUCCGUUUUCAGUAACAUUGCGAAGGGAAGUGCCCAAGCAUGGUCUCUGGGUUAUUUAUGCUUUGAUUUGAAUCUGGAGCCUUGUAAUAGCAGGAGCUUGUUGACCUCAUCAGUGGGAGCUGUUGCAUGUACACUCCUGUGAUUUGUCCUAAGAAUUGGCCCCGGGCACGGUGAACCUGCAGGAGGCAUGCGGCUGUAGAUCAUCACCGGGGAAUGCACCUGUGCCUCCUUUCCUGCAAGAAAAUGCAGAAACGGGCAAGCGCUGUUCACUCAUGACUUUUGUUUCUCGCGUUGAGCAUCGUCAAAGACAAGUGUGAGUGGAAAUAAAGCGAAGCGUCACCACCCAGCGUUCCCAUCAGUGGUGACUUUAAAAUGAUCUUGCGAUGAGACUGCUUUUAGCUAGGGGUAUUCUGUGGAAAUUCCUGCUAGAUUUCAGCCUUGUGCUGACAUGUACACAUUCUGCUGAGCUAUCUGCAAAGCUCCAUACUGUAUAUUUAUGCUUUUUGUGUGUAACCAGUCAUACCUGAUGAAUAAGAUGUCACUUUGUUUCUAAUGGUUCCUAUCCAUGGUCUGGUACAUGACUGUUCUAACUGUUCUAGUUUUGAAUAUUGACAAAUGUUUUGUUGCCAUUUGGUUUCUUCUGUUUGUAUUAUUUUUUGAUGGGGGUGGGGUGGGCUUGUUUCUAAUUGUAAGUUUAGGAUAAGCUAGUUUGUACAUAGAGUCAAAUGACUGAAGUCAGAAUUUCAAUGCAGAUAGAACUUCCCAAGUUUGUA